CUAUUCACAUGCAACCGCUAUCGGCGCGAAAGUGGGAAUACCGGUGACCACGGUACAGGAAACAGAACCCUGCCUCUUCACUAAUUAUAACGGAAUGGGACCGCGGCCGCAGGACUCUGGUUACCGAAUUAUUCGGUCGCAGGAUGGGAAGAAAAGGAUUCGUCUGUGGGAGAUAGCAAUGUGCGGAUCUGCAGCACCGUGGUAUUUUCCAGCGAAGCGCAUUCAGGGAGUGGGAAGCUUUCAAGACGGAGCUCUGUGGAGGAAUAACCCCGUCGACCUCCCUCUAUGGGAAAUACCCGUGGUGUGGCCACCGAUUCGAAAACCAAAUGUUGUCAUCUCCCUUGGCACCGGGUCCUCAGGACCACACCUACCAACGUCGCACUCUAGCAGACUGCGUGCAAUCUGGAGAGAGGGCUUCCUGUCACGAUCCUAUAGAGCCUUUUUGGAAUUACUCAACGGCCAAAAAAUCGCCCAAGCGUUCAAGAAUGGACGUCGUACUGAAUUAGAUGGGCGAUACUUUCGAUUCAACGUUAAACUGGACAAGGAGGUCGACUUAGAUGAUACAGUCAAAAUGCGCGAGCUGGCAAAAAAUGCCAGGGAGCAGUUCUGUCGGUCGGUGGAUGUCGACGUUGUCGCGCGUUGUCUCGUUGCGACGCGUUUCUACUUUGAACUCGAGUCGAAGCCGAGGAGAAUGAAGGGCAAGUAUUCUGGAUCCGGCUAUAUUUUCUGUCGGUUGUCUCGGAAGAGUCCCGGGUUUGGUGAGCUGCUAGGACAGCUGUCCAAACGGGCGGCGAAAUUUAUAGUGGAUGGUCAUUGGACCUCUGAAUCGAUCGACGAUCGUUCAUUCUUCGACCACGCGGGACACUUUCGCAGAAGAGUCGAAUUUGAAACAAAAGACACAUUGUCCGUUCUCCUUCAAGAAGGGUCAUCGCAUCCUCAGCAUAUCAGUGGAUCUCCAUACGCAGUGCGUGAUCUUAUGGACAUGCAAGGUCUCAACUGUGAUUUUGGCACUCCUGAUCAUAGGAAGCGAAAAGAGCGUGAGGAGAACGAAGGCGAGGGACAGGCCAGGAAACGUCGUCGAGUACGGUAAUAUGCCAUGAAGGCUCCUAGAGCAUCCUCGUUUGGGACAGACUGGAGCUUUUCGUGAGC